CUCCAGAGGACUGGAUAAUAUAAAGCUCCCAAUCUCUCUCUCCCAGUGGGCGAAUAUGGCGGCCAAACUACUAGUAAGCCCUCCUGGCCUCUCAUCUUUGCGCUCCAAACCCAAUAAGACCACCGAAUUGGCACCUCUAUGGCCAUGGCGAUGCCACCCGACACCAACAACAACAAAACCCAACUCCAGGCUCGUUGCUCGAGCCCUCUCCUCUCUCCUCGACCCUCUUGCUUCUUCUUGUUCUUCUUCUUCAUCUCUGUUCUUGCUCGCCGAAAGCACCGCCGGCUACUCUCUGGCCAGCUACUACACUUCUCUCGGCCUCUUUGUCAUCUCCGUUCCCGGCCUCUGGUCUCUCAUCAAGCGCUCUGUCAAAUCCAAGGUUGUUCAGAAGACGUAUAUUGGGGCAGGAGAAGGGAAGAAGAUGCCUAGUCAGGUGGCGGGAGAGAUUCUUUCUUUCUUCACUCGCAACAAUUUUGUGGUUUUGGAUAGAGGAGAGACCAUAACUUUCGAGGGCAUGAUGAUUCCAAACCGAGGCCAAGCAGCAUUGCUCACUUUCUGCACCUGCAUAAGCCUAGCAAGUGUUGCCCUUGUUCUUACUAUAACCUUUCCAGAAAUAGGCAAUAACUGGUUCUGGCUCACCAUCUUAAGCCCACUGGCAGGACUAUAUUACUGGCGAAGAGCAUCAAGGAAAGAGCAGAUCAAGGUUAAAAUGAUAAUGGCUGAAGAUGGAACCCUUUCAGAAAUCAUUGUUCAGGGGGAUGACCAGCAAGUAGAACAGAUGAGGAAAGAACUGGAGUUGAGUGAGAAAGGCAUGGUGUAUGUGAAGGGCAUAUUUGAGAAGUAGACCACUCAUUGUAACCAACCUCUCAGGUUCAACUGUUUUUGGGGGAUGGGUUGGCAUAAGAGUUUGUAUUUUUGGUUCAUGGUUGUUACUAUUGGUAGAAGAGAUUCUCCUUUAAUUAUUCUCAGAAAGGAUUUUGAUUUAUAUUCUUUAUAAUAAUCAUCUAAUUCUGUACAACUUUGGGGAACUUUUGCUUUGUAAUUUUUGUACUUUCCCUUGGCAACAUCUCUCUUCGUAUAUGAGCACAUCAUGUGUAUCAACUCCCAAAG